UGUUAAAGCUAAGCUACUACAAUUCCAUGCGAAAUCUCUCUAAAGGUGAAAAUUGUCAACAAAAUAAACUUACAAACUGUAGCAGACUACAACAACGACAACAACAACGGCACAAAGAUGAUGUUCACACGCGCCCAAGUGCGCAAACCAAAAUCAAAUGGUCACAGCAGCAGUCAGAGGCCGCAAGUGCGCACUUCCCAUAGACCUCACCUUAUGCAACAACAAUCACUAUAUGGAUGCGAUCAGCCACUGUACAGACAUUCACCCCCUGGAGGAAAUAGUCGCAUUCGGGAUCGCGAUAGAGACAGGGAUCGGGACAGAGAUAGGGAUACGGACCGAGACCGAGACCGAGACAAUGAACGCGACCGGGACUACAGUGGCGCUUACUACACCGAUCGCAGCAACUUCGGUGGUCACAAGCCCCAUUCGUACGAACUGCCUCGACAACACUCCAAAGACAAAGCCUACGCCCAGCUGUACGAUGACGAGAGCGAGCGGAGCACCAGCAGCAGUGGCGUCGAUUAUAUAGACCGGCGCACCCGACCGCGCAGCAUUACAAACCGACGCGGCGCCAUCAAACAGCUGAAAACACACGACUACAAUGGGCAUCGGUUUGUGGCCAAAUUCUUCCGACAGCCCACAUUUUGCGCAUUCUGCAACCUGUUCGUUUGGGGAUUCGGCAAGAAGGGGUAUCAGUGCAUUACUUGUCAGACGGCGGUGCACAAGAAAUGCCACGAGAAGUUGCUGAGCAAAUGUUCCGGUUCCGUAUUCAACUCGGCCAGCACAAUCCUGCUGCACGAGCGUUUCAAGAUCGACAUGCCCCACCGCUUCAAGCCGUACACUUUCAUGUCGCCCACUUUCUGUGACCAUUGCGGUUCUCUGAUGGCUGGCUUCUUCAUUCAGGGGUUGAAGUGCGAAGAGUGCGACGUAAACUGCCACAAGAAAUGCGAGCAUUUAAUGGCCAAUUUAUGCGGCGUCAACCAAAAGCUGAUCGUCGAAGCUUUAGCUUGCGUCAAGCGAGGCGCACGCGAGGCCCGAGAAUCACCAAGUACACCGCCCAGUUCGAAUCCCGUUUACAAGAUCGAGGCCAGUGACGAACAUGAUGAAACAUCGUAUACGUAUUCGCAAUUUCAAAAGUCGGGGCGCUUUACGGCGCCAGCUACCGUUAUUCCACGUUUCAAAAACUACUCAGUGGACGAUUUCCAUUUCCUUGCGGUGUUGGGCAAAGGCAGUUUUGGCAAGGUGCUGCUGGCUGAGCUACGCGACACCACCUACUACUACGCAGUCAAGUGUCUGAAGAAAGAUGUCGUUCUCGAGGAUGACGAUGUCGAUUCAACCUUAAUUGAACGCAAAGUGUUGGCAUUGGGCACCAAACAUCCGUAUCUGUGUCACCUGUUUUGCACAUUUCAAACAGAGAGCCAUUUGUUCUUCGUUAUGGAAUACCUCAACGGUGGGGAUUUAAUGUUCCACAUACAGGAGAGUGGACGUUUCCCGGAAGAACGCGCUCGAUUCUACGGUGCCGAAAUAAUAUCCGGUCUGAAGUUCCUACACAAGAAAGGCAUCAUAUACAGAGAUCUUAAGCUGGACAAUGUGCUGCUGGAUUACGAAGGGCACGUCCGAAUUGCCGAUUUCGGUAUGUGCAAAUUGCAGAUCUACCUCGACAAAACAGCAGACAGCUUUUGCGGAACACCAGACUACAUGGCGCCUGAAAUCAUAAAGGGCGAGAAAUACAAUCAAAAUGUCGAUUGGUGGUCAUUUGGUGUUUUGCUCUAUGAAAUGUUGAUUGGUCAAUCGCCGUUCAGCGGCUGCGAUGAAGAUGAACUAUUUUGGUCGAUCUGCAAUGAGAUUCCAUGGUUCCCCGUUUACAUAUCCGCGGAGGCCACCGGCAUUUUGAGAGGGCUACUCGAAAAAGAUUACACCAGGCGCAUUGGAUCUCAGUACAGCCCUGCUGGCGACAUCAGCGAGCACAUAUUCUUCAGACCCAUAGACUGGGAUUUGUUGGAGAAGCGGCAGUUACCGCCGCCCUUCAAGCCACUUGUGAAACAUCCAUUGGAUACUCAAUAUUUCGACCGCGUUUUCACCAAAGAACGCGUGCGACUGACGCCCAUCGAAAAGGAAAUUCUGCAGUCCAUGGACCAGAAACCAUUCAUGGGAUUCACAUAUACAAACCCACACAUCACCUUAGAUUAAAAUUACUAAUUAUACAACAUACCUAAAUGCGUAAUAACUGUCUGUAUUCUGAUAGAGAUAUGGGUAUCAGUAAGUUUAAGGAGACCUAAGGCCUAAGAAUUGAUUUGGAAAAUACUUUGCUAGGGACCUUUGGCAAUAGAUUGAGAUAGCAAUCCGAAGUUUGUUUCAAACCAGUAUUUAAACCAGGAUAGUUUAGUUUAGGUAAAUGAGAGUUAAGUGCAUAUUUUUAAACAUAAGAAAUCAAUUCAUCCUUUUAAAUACCAUUAUCCUUGUUGUUAAAAAAUAUAUGUUUGUAUGUACAUACAUAGAUUUGAGAUUUACAAGAUGUUUAACACGUUAUAAAGCCGUACGAUCGUAAAAUUUUACAAGAGCUUAACAUUUUGUUGUUGUCUUGCAUAGAAAAGGAAUACAACUAUGAGUUCUGUGUAGUAAUUUUAUGAGACUACAUACAUAUGUGAAUCCACGGAUAGUAUUUUAAGACAAUUAACACUUGCGAGUUCAUUGAAGCCGGCAAGCUUUUGAAUAAACUACAAUACAGUACAUACAUAUAAAAGUACUAUACAUAAAAGUAUACAUAUAUUUAUUUCCAUACAAAAAAAAAUGUUGUAAAGAAAUUUAACAUUAAAUCAUCGCCCCGUGAAGAUUUCUAAAGAGACUUACUUAUUCAUAAAAAAAAAGUCGUACAAGCAGUGUGACUCUAUUUAGUAUUAAGUUAGUCAAACCCGGUAAACACAUAGAAAACUAUUGCUAAAUAUUAACUAAUGUUACCUGUGUACAGACAAAAUUAUCGAGAUAUUUUAAGUUACUCGUAAUGUGUUUUAGAAAUACUACAUAUGUAAAUAAUUAUAAAAUGGUUUUAUUAAUAAAAUUAAACAGAAAAUGA